AUGAUAAAUAAAAUUAGUUCUUAUGUAGGUACAGAAGUGAUUGAUCCAAAUUUAAAUAUAACACAACUAAUACAGAAAUAUGGGUAUGCAGUUGAAGAACACGUUGUGACAACAGAAGAUGGAUACGUGUUGAAGAUGUUUAGAAUUCCAAGAUCAGGACCUCCUAUAUUUCUAAUGCAUGGAUUUAUUGAAGGCUCGGAUGACUGGGUUGCAGCUGGGUAUGAUAAAGCAAUUGCUUAUAGCUUAGCUGCUCAGAAUUACGACGUAUGGAUGGGUAAUGCUCGCGGUACAAGACAUUCUUUAAAGCAUGUUACCUUAAACUCAUACCAACCAAGUUUCUGGAAUUAUACUUGGCAUGAAAUUGGUAUAUACGAUUUGCCGACAAUGAUCGAUCGUGUUCUAGAAAUAACAAGAAAAUCAUCUCUCACAUAUAUUGGACAUUCACAAGGAACUACGGCUUUCUAUGUAAUGUGUUCAUUGAAACCACAAUACAACGAAAAAAUAUCACUCAUGGUGUCCUUAGCACCUGCUGCUUACUUUUCAAAUAUGAAGGCCAUUUUGUUAAAACUUUUAGCUAUUAAUCCAGAUGAAACUCACGCAGCGUUUACAAGAGCCGGUAUAUAUGAUCUAUUUGGACAUGAUGAAUUAUUUUUACCUCUGCUAAAAGUUUUGUGUGGUAAUCCUUUGACAGCAUUUUUGAUAUGCGAAAAUUUAAUAUCGUCGGUUGGUGGUUUUAAUUAUAAUCAGGUGAACAUUCCACGGCUGCCAGUAAUAUUCGGUCACUUUCCAACGGGUGUAUCUGUUAAGCAAGGUAUACAUUAUCUACAAUCAGGCCACUCUGGGCAUUUUCGACAGUAUGAUUACGGAUCAGAUAAUUUGAAAUAUUAUAACUCACUUACUCCACCAUCAUAUCCUCUAGAAAACAUAAAAGCACCAGUUGCUAUAUUUCUUGGAGACGGUGAUUACCUCGCGGUCAGGGAAGAUGUCGUUAAGUUGGUAGAAAGGUUGCCAAAUGUGGUCGAUUUCUACACAGUUCCUGAUGAAAAUUUUAGUCAUUUUGAUUUUUUAUGGGCUAAAGAUAUAAAUACUUUAAUCUUGCCAAAACUUUUGUCUUUAAUAAAAAAAUAUAUAUAA